UUCGAGAGGAGCAGAAAGAGCUAACAGCAGACAACAUGCCGGAAUUCCACUUCAUGGAAUCCGACUGGGGGAUCCACGCCAAGCGAGGCGGGAGCAUCUGCACCGCCACAUCGCUGGCGUGCACGGUGGUCGGGUUCAUCUUCUGGCGCUGGUUCGGGGCCGUCCUCUCUCUCGCGAUCGGCCUUCUCUUGGCCACGUUUGAAGUGCCCUUCGUCUACAAAUGUUUCGAGCCGUGCCGACGUCUGGAGACGAUCUUAAACGACACCCUGAAGUUCAGUAUUCCGGCCGUUCGCGCGGUCCUGUACUUGUGCCUCGCCAUCGUCGCCUUCACAUCAAAUUUGCUGAACAUUGUACUUGGGGUCCUGCUACUUCUCACGGCGAUACUCUACGCGUUUGCUCAGAUCGUGGGGUCGGCAAUCACGGACACAACCACGGUGCCCUCAGACGCGGCGCCAGCCGACGGUCAGACUCCUUUCGGAACCUUCACAUGAGAGGAGAUGAUGGAUGAUGGAUGAUGGAUGGGCAUUCCCAAGCCCGAACGGUUGUGUGGAGAGAUUCAACCCCCGGGAUUUACCUCCUUUGACGUUUUUUAAGGCAGGGGGGUUGUACACGUCAUGCCGGAAUUUUCCUCGUCUGUUUCAAUGUAUCGAUUCACGGGUGCUUUUAAGGGUGCGCUCGUGCGGCGGGUGUUAAGCUGGGAUGUGAUUGUAGGUCCGGAGCCUUCUUCUUGAAGGAGGGAAUCGUCUUGAUCUUGAGAGACGGGAUGCGGUCGCGGGCACCGCGGAAUAAAGUAAAGCGUUGCUUGUGCUUGGCUUAGCCCUCCCCCGAUCAGGGGUUGUGCUGGGCGCUUUUCGCCCGCCCACCCCUCCCUGAGAGGACAAUGGGGGAGGGGCAGCAUGAUAUAAGGCUUGAAAAAAGGAGGCUUGGUAGAUUAGGUUCCACCCUUCGGGUCCCAAGCGCUCCCUGUGCUGUCGGGGUAUCCUGGUUGAGGUGCGGUGCUUCCGCAAGGUUGCUUGGAUCUAGAGAUCGUGUGUCCAUAGCCCCCUCUCGGUGCUUUCUCCGGUAAUAACAUACUUAAAGUGCUUUUUCUGUUGGGUUGCACUCACUGCUGCUGCUGCAGCUUCCACAGAAUGUCGAGAGAUCAUGGCAGGUAAACCUGUAUCGAUGCAUCUCCCAAGUCCGCACAUCGCUAUGUAUCUUGCACGUCCGUCCUCUGAUAGCACUCAUUUAUAGGGAAUUCGGAUGGGAUGCUAUCAUCAUCGCCCUUUCGACGGGCCACACGCCACUUGGAAGUGUUGAAAAGGGCGCGCGUAAUGGCCAUGU